CAAAAGUUGGUGUUGAAGUAAUCCCCAAAAGAAUGACUGUUGAGAUAUAGGCAAAUAAACACACUUCUUCUAUUUUGUUUUAGAGCAGCCAAAAACGCAGUCCAACCCACAUGUCCAACAUAUAUCUGGUUUACACCCCAACUAUCAGCAGACUGCAGUUCAUCAACAACUGGUUUGCACUUUUGCAGCAUUUUCGAGCUUUGUCAAAUCUCUGCAACAUCAAUUUCCAUCCCCCAUAAAUGGAUUCUCUCAUCUCCGGUUUCAAACCCAGGAGAACCUUCCCGCCAUUUGUCUUUGCAACUAUCAUCUCACCAUGCAUUACUCGAAACCCAGAAAGAGUUCCAAUGCUAGCAGCGGCGGUGGCGGUGCUUCCGCUUCGGCUGGUGGUGCUUCGGAGCGUCAUCGGUUAUAUAGGGGAGUAAGGCGUCGGACCAGUGGGAAAUGGGUGUCUGAAAUUAGAGAGCCGAGGAAGCCCAACAGAAUCUGGCUGGGUACAUUUCCCACUCCUGAAAUGGCAGCUAUUGCUUAUGAUGUUGCGGCACUUGCGCUAAAAGGCCAAGAUGCUGAGCUUAACUUUCCCAACUCCGCCGCCUCUUUGCCUGUGCCGGCCUCCAAGUCCCCUAGGGAUAUCCAGGCGGCUGCUACCUCUGCUGCGGCUGCUUUAGGGGCUGCAAACGAUGCUUUAUUUGGGAAUGAGGAUAUUGAAGGUCAGGGUAAUAAUAUCAGUCGGGUAGUGCCCGAGAAACCCACGACGGCUUAUGAGUUUGUGGAUGAGGAUAUGAUCUUUGAUAUGCCUAAUGUUCUUGCCAAUAUGGCUGAAGGGAUGCUUCUCAGUCCUCCUCGCUGGGACAUUGACAUUGCUGCUGAUCAUGUUCCCGCUUAUAACACCGGAGAUUAUGAGAACCUUUGGAAAUUCCCUUAAUAGUAAUAAUAUAAAUAUCGAUACUAAUAGUCUUAAAAUAACUAUGAAAGCUCUCCCUUACAAUGAAAAAUGAAAAAAGCAAAGACCAGUGGACACUGUUUAGUAUAUAACAGUGCCAAGGUUACUACCACAAACCUGGGACGGGUGUUUUUGAUUGUUUUGUACAGGAUUUUCUGUUUUUAUGAGGGGUUGCUGUUUGUCUCACCUCGAUUACUGUAAAUCUUCCAAGUGUCCGUACACUGUGUGUCCGAGUUGAAGCUUGCUUUAGCAAAUAAAAAUGU